AUGGACACCGAUGACGCUAUUUACGACGACCCUGGCAUUCCUACCGGUACCGAUCGAAGCCCUAAUGUUGACCCCGGACUGAACACGGAACACACGACUCUCACUGAAUUGAGAUAUUGUGUUAAUUGUGGUACUGAUGUAACUCAAAGGAGAAGGCAUAGCCUUGAACUUGUAGAGGUUAUGUCCGUAAUACGACACUGGAUUGCACCCCAAGCGGUGACUGAUAGCACUAUAGUAUGCCACUCUUGCUGGACUUUAGCUCUCAACCAGUCACACCACUCCACUACGACUAAUGAUGAUCAACCUUCUACUAGUGGUGGUCACCAUCGUCGUGUUUGUAUUAGUUGUGGAUGCUCUUUGAUGAGAACAAGAUCUCACAGGCUACGUACUGAUACUGAACGUGAGGCACGCAUUCGAAACAUAAUAAUGGAGAGGAUUAUGCCCCGUCAGCUGCAUGGAUCAGAUGAAAUCUGCCACCCCUGCUGGCAGAGAAGUGAUCGAUUGUCAAGUCGUACGCUUGAGCCACCUCAACAAGGAGCAUCAACCAUUAUUCUACCGAACCUUAAAAGAGCAGUAGAUACCCAAGCACAUUGUUUUUUCCCAGACUGUAACUUACUGGAAAGACUAACAGUUCCUAAAUGGUUGAGGGUAAAGCUUUUUGCAGAUUUUAAGUUUUAUGUUCCACCAAAUUGUAGAAUUUGUACAUUCCAUUUGCAAAAUGAUAAUUGGCAGCAAUUGGAAGAUAUUGCACAACCAAUACAAAGUUUUACUACAGACCAUAUUGAGGAUUUUGCAUCAUUUAUAAAUGAAAGGGCCACUAUGUUAGAUUUUUCCAAUAUAGAUGAUAUGUCGGAAGAUUUUGUACAUUUUUGGGUAGGCUUAACAAAAUCUCAGUUUAGGCAACUUAUUUUUGAUGUACCUAGCUUAAGGAACAUGCAGAAGGGCUCAAUAGCACUUGCUGCAUACUUAGUUAAAUUAAGAACAGGUGACAGUGAUGAAAGACUCGCCACAUUGUUUAAUAUGCCCCGAACAACAUUAUUGAGAUAUAUGAAUAAAGCACGUAAUGCACUUAAGCAAGAUUUUGUUACAAGAAACUUGGGCAUAAAUAAUAUUACUAGGGCUGAAAUUGCAGCAAGGAAUUUGUUAAUACCAAAUGGACUCUUUUGUGCAGAAGAUAGGAAACCCAUUGUUAUUAUGGAUGGUACCUAUCUAUAUGUACAAAAGAGUUCAAACUAUAUGUAUCAAAAAGAUACCUACUCCUUACAUAAGUAUAGGAACUUAAUGAAACCUUUUAUAAUAGUGUGCUGCGAUGGGUACAUUGUAGAUGUAAUAGGCCCAUAUCCAGCAACAACGUCUGAUGCUAAUAUAAUGUCAAAUGAAUUCAGCGAUGAGACAAAACCAUUACGGCAAUAUUUUCAACCUGGAGAUAUUUUCAUACUGGAUAGGGGUUUUAGAGACUGUUUGCCAUUGUUAGAACAGAACAAUUAUUCUGUCCACACCCCUGCAUCCUUGCAAGAAGGUGAAAACCAGUUAUCAACACUAGCAGCUAACCAGUCUAGAAUGGUUACCAUUUGCAGAUGGGUUGUUGAAGCAGUAAAUAGCAUUUUUAAACAAUCUUUUAAGCUUCUAAGGCAUGAAUUUUUUAACGUUGCAUCAAGACAUGCCAUGACAGAUUUUACAGUAGCUGCAGCGUUGAUAAAUAAGUUUCACCAAAGGAUAAGGGAUAGGGAUGAUGCAAGCCAAAUCCUUGAAAUCAUAAAUGAAAAGCUUUACAUGAACAAUGACCUAGCAGAUUAUGUUAUCAGAAAUAAUUUAAAUAGAAGGCGAACACAAUUUUUAAAUAUCAAUGUUGACAUAAACAAUGUACCCUUUCCCAGACUGGAGCUAAGCGAUUUAAUUCUUAUAGCUUGCGGGACCUAUCAAUUAAAGCAAGCCCGGUCCUACUAUGGGGAGCACAUUAGAGGUGAUGGUUCCUAUACAAUUGAAGUAUGUAGAGACAUGGCGGGUAACCUAUUGGAAGGUUUUACUGUAACUGAGAAUUCAUCAUUACUGCGAGGUAAGAUCCACAGCAGGCACAUCAGUAGAAAAAUAUAUUUUGUUUAUAUUUUAUAUGAAAAUAAUAGGUCAGGCAGAGAAGCCAUAAAACAAUAUUGUUGUAACUGCAUUGUGGGUCGACAGACAGUAGGUUGCUGUGCCCAUGUCAUGACAAUAAUUUGGUUUAUGAGCUGGGCAAGGUAUCAAGAGUCAAUAAAUCCACCUGCCCAGUUCCUAGAUAAUAUUCUAUUAACAUACGAAUCAGAAUAAAUAAAAUAAAAUAAAUGGAUUUUUAAUUUGAAACCCCUUCUCAUAAACCUCCAUAAAAAAAAUUAGGAACACCUGGACACAAAACUUUAUUAAUUUUCUAAUUUCUACUUGUUAGUGCUAUUAUCUUACAAUGUAAUUAUUAUUCUCAGUGACUGUCCACUUCAAGCCAAAACCCCCAUACAAAGUGGACAGUCUUCUUUCGACAAAUAUUAGGCGUAGAUCGGUUUUAUGGUAGUAGAUUAUUGGUUUUAAAAAAGAAAAGCUAACCAAGUGUACAAGUAUAUUGAAAGAAUGAAAAUUUGAUGUCUCGUUCAAGAAAAAUUAAAGGCGAAUGACGAAGACCUCAGUUUUGUCAAUUUUAGAAAUUACAAUGUAGUAAUUUCAUAUGAUAUGAAAACAGUUUCUGCAGGUAGGAGUUUCUCUCAAUAUUUUUUGUAAAUAAUUAAUUAAACUGAAUUUUUAAUUUAAGCCUUACAACAUUGCACACCAAACCUCUCGUCUUCCUUAUCACAAUAAUAAUACUGAUUAUUAACGCCCUUAUAGAAACCGGUUACUUUGGCGCAGCGUCGGCAUACAUACAUUUUGUGACGCGUGAUCUUGAUAGGUUAAUUACAGUAACCCUGUCUGUUUGACAUUGGUUUGACGUUUUUCAUCGAUACGCUGUAUUACACACUCAGAGCAAGCUCCCUUAACUUGGCGGCGAAAAAUAUUCAUUUUUAAUUAUUUUUUUACUAAAUCGUUUGUUCGUCGUUUGUUCUUGAUUGUUCGAUCAAAUUUGAUGUUUGUUCGAUAUUCAUUUUUUUAUAAAUUAUUAUCAAAAUUUUGUCCUUAGGUUAAUCCAGCUCUUAGGGUGCCUUUCCACCAGAGAUGUGCUAUGCUACGUUCCAUCAAUCAUAUUCAUUGGCCAGUGCUAUGCUAUGUGCAGCAAUGAAUAUGAUUGGUGGAUAUCAGACGCAUCUAUAGCAACGUAGCAUAGCGUUCAACUUAUUCUGGCUAAAAAAAUAAUUGUUUGUUUUAAAUAUUUUAUAACGUGAAUGUACUUCUUGUAUUCGGCCGAGAUGACGAAUAAACAAAUUCACAAAAAUGAAUUGUAUUGACUCGCCCGCAUAGUAAUUAAGCCUACGGCCGAGAUGUAUAAUAAAAUAAUAGGUAUAAUUAAAUCUUCCCAACUCGGCCGCGCGGGCGAGUUUCUCAAGUCCGAGUUGACGAAA